CCAUUGUUCCUAUUGUGGAGACUUUGAAUUUUGUCCGAGUGGGUGGGUUAGGGCAUAGUAGAGCAAAGGGAAGAAGAGAAGGGUGGUGUUAGGGUUUGGAGCAACAAUGGAGGGUGGAGAGGAGGGAGUGGAGAUGGUGGUGGACUCGAAGGACUUACAGCAACAGAGUAAAGCCUUGGACAAGCUCACUGACCGUGUCGAGGAUCGCCAAUUGGACUCUACUCGCGUCCAGGAGGCAAUGGCUUCCAUCGCUGCUUCUGCUGAAGCUGAUCGCAAUGCCAUGCGCAUCAGGGAGAAAGAAUUAGCUGCUGUUAAGAUAAAUGCAGCGGAUGUUGAUAUAAUUGCUAAUGAGCUAGAGUUGGACAAAAAGGUUGCGGAAAGAACUUUGCGCGAGCACAAAGGUGAUGCAGUUGCUGCCAUUCGGCACUUGCUUCACUAGAGACGUGAUAAUGAACAAGGGUCAAUGCUUCAGAAAAUUACUAUGCACCAGCUUAUAUUGUUUUUCAUUUAAAUUGAAUCUCAACUGUAUUCUGGCCUAAUUCAUUAAGAAAUCAUAAAUUUAUUGUUGAUUAACUGUACCUCUCCUCUCCCUAAUCUUUCCUGUGCUAUAAAAGUAGCCAUUAUCUAAUGGAGAAGUCCUUCAUGAAGAUCUCCACGCGUGUCUCAUACACAUGCUUGCUCGUUAAGCACAUAGUUGUCAACUUGAAGCCCAGCAUGUGAUUUGUUCAAAUCAAAUGGUAAAAAGAGCUUUGCUUUUAUGUGCUCUUAUGAAAUUGUGGUGUGUAAUGCUUGUGCGAAUGGCAUCUUCUGUUUUGUUUGUUACAUUCAAAUUGAUAAAGUUACAUUUCAGAUUUUUGCCAUUGUUUCUUGAAAUGGACAGUGAUGGGAUGGAAGUGCCCACAUUCUCUGACUUUUUGCUUAUUCAUUAAGAUUCCGAUAAAUUAUGUUA